AUGGACGACGUUCUUGCUAAACAAUCAAACAACAGCACCAACUUGCUUCACACCUUUCUGACCAAUUCUGCUCGGACCAUGUACCCCUAUGAUUCGUGGGAGCAUUAUAAAGGGAAAAACUGCGUCACUAUUCGGAUAGGCAUUCGGGUUGCUGAUGGGUCCCCAGUAUGGACGAAAACGUGUCCAGUCUAUCCACUGAUGGGUCCACAGUGUGGACGAAACACGUGUCCAGUCUAUCCAAGCGAAUACUGUUCUUUUCAUUUUUCACUUCCGCUCACUGCUCUUCCUGCGCAACCGCAACUAGGUCUUAAAGAUCCGUUCUGA